AGUCUCAAUCUUAGCGCUCCAAAUUUCUGCAAGAAAACAGAAGGCCAUCAGAAUCCAUCACCAUUUUUCUAUCAUGAUUCAUGGCUUUUGGACCUUCCAUGCUCUUGCCAGCUGUUUCUUCAUAUCACACAUUAAUUUAUAUAUAUACAUUUUUUGCAUAUACCAGUCUGAAAACAGACUCUACAGACACUCCUCACUCUACGCUUAAACCAACUCCAAUUUUUCAAUUUCUAGAUCCAAGAAUACAAAGAAUUCUUAUUAUGUAAUUUUUUUUUUUCCUUGACUAUCUGUUUUCCAGGAUUUUUAAUUUGAUACUAUCGGUUCUUCUCUUGAUUUGAUGAUGUGAACUGGGUAGACCGGCUGCAAGAGUGAGAUUGUUCAAUAUAAAGAGUGAUAGUGAAAAGUCGAGUUUUUGAAUUCAAAUUGAUUGAAUUGAUAUCAGUUAUCAGCCAUGGAGAAUCGCAGCGAUCAGGAAACUACUUCUUUUUUAAGUUUGUUUUCUGCUUUAUCAUAUGGGAUUGCGUCUAUGGCUAUGGUUUUUAUCAACAAGGCAAUUCUAAUGCAGUAUUAUCACUCGAUGACCCUUCUCACUCUGCAGCAAUUGGCAACCGCUUUACUUAUUCACUUCGGCCGCCAAAUGGGUUACACAAAAGCCAAGGGAGUAGACAUGCAAACAGCGAAAAGCCUUCUCCCAGUCUCAUUAUUUUACAAUGCUAAUGUGGCUUUUGCUUUGGCAAGUUUGAAAGGAGUUAACAUUCCUAUGUAUAUUGCUAUAAAGAGACUUACCCCACUUGCUGUUCUUGUUGCUGGCUGCUUUUCAGGAAAGGGAAAACCUACAACACAGGUGACUCUUUCUGUAUUAUUGACUGCUGCUGGGGUUCUAAUAGCAGCACUUGGUGAUUUUUCUUUUGACCUAAUCGGUUACAGCAUGGCUCUUACUUCUGUUUUUUUCCAGACAAUGUACCUUGUGCUGGUUGAGAAGUCUGGUGCAGAGGAUGGGCUUUCUUCAGUUGAAAUAAUGUUCUACAAUAGCUUUUUGUCUCUUCCAUUUUUGGCAUUUCUAAUUAUAAGUACAGGAGAAUUUCCAAAUUCUUUGUCAUUGCUAUUUGCAAAGAGUAGUUCCUUAUCAUUUUUGGUGAUUCUUAUUCUUUCAUUGGUGAUGGGAAUAGUUCUCAAUUACACCAUGUUCUUGUGUACUAUAGUCAACUCUGCUCUAACAACUACUAUUGUGGGAGUCCUUAAAGGUGUUGGAUCCACGACUCUCGGGUUUGUCUUACUGGGUGGCGUCCAAGUACAUGGUUUGAAUGUGACUGGAUUGGUCAUUAACACAUUUGGCGGGGUGUGGUAUUCAUAUGCCAAAUAUCAACAGAAGAAAAACAAGCCACCGAAGGUGAUGACAGACAUCGAGGCUCAUCGGAGAUAAGUUUUAUUUUGUAGAAUAGCUCAGAGCCACCGCAUAGCAGUGAACUGCUGUUUUUGUUUGUUUUUUUUGUUGACUCCCAUAUAUUAUUUUAUUUGUAUCAUUUACUAUGAGCUAAUAGUAACUAUCAAAAUGGGAAAUUAUGAGGCGAGAGUGAAAUAAUUUCUUGUUUUUUCUUUUCCCUUGUUUCCUAUAAUUCUGUAUGUUGGUAGAUAGCGUACAGUAUUUCUCUGUUUCUGAAAUAAGCUUGAAUAUGAAAACAGCAUUUAUUUUUUAAUGGUACUUUGCUGAAUUUACGGA